UGUAAAUCUUCCGUCGAUGUUCUAUUACAGGACUUGCGUUUAGGCGCAUUUUUCUUUUUCAAAAAAGUAGUUUUUGCUGUCAAAAGGAAAAUAUUUCGAGAAGGAUGGUGUUUUAUAUGACGAAGUUCUGUCGAGGGUCGGUCUAACAGAGUCAAAUGAGGGUCGACCGCGUUCAAACUGCCUUAACGUCCCUUCUAGUUUUUCUGCAUCUGCUCCAGUUACAUGGAAAAGCUGUGAAUGGAAGUGAAUUUGUUAUUAUCGAAGGUGACAUGAUGGUGGAUAAGGGGUUUGUUGAGCAUUAUAUGAGAAGAAGGAAAAAACGUGGUGCCAUCCUAAACAGAAGAGUAGGUGCGAAUUAUUACUGGCCAGGAACAACCGUAGACGGAGAUAGAAUUGUGCGAAUUCCUUACACACUAGACGUUGGAUUCUUCGGUAGAUUGUUUGGCAAUGAUAUGGUGAAAGGUUUCCUAGCGGCCGUCCAAGAAUUUGCCAAGCGGACCUGCCUUCGAUUCGAAGAGAAAGAGGACGAAGACAAAGAUUACUUGGAAAUUUUCAGUGGUCCAGGAUGCUUUUCUAUGAUUGGGCGGCGCGGUGGCAAACAAGAAAUUUCACUUGGCAAAGGAUGUGAGACGAAAGGGAAAGCUAUCCACGAACUGAUGCAUGCGAUUGGGUUUCUACAUGAGCAGAGUCGAAAAGACAGAGAUCAACACGUCACUAUCUUAGCUGGAAAUAUUCUAGACGUUGGAAAGUCCGAGUUUAAGACGUAUAAUCAGGACAACAGCAACCUACCGUACGAUUUUCACUCUAUUAUGCAUUAUAAUAACAAGAUUUUUAGCAAGAAUGGCGAGGAUACCAUCCGUGCUCUCAUCGAUCCCGAGAUGACUCUGGGGCAAGAAUAUGGACUUUCAGCGUUGGACGUUGUAAGAGUAAACAUGUUAUACAAAUGUCCUCAGCUUAGGAAGGAUUUGGUGCUCUACUUCGUCAUUGUUUACACCUCUGGUGAUUACUGGGCCGGGACAGACUCUAGAGUUGACAUUCUACUUGAUGGAGCGGAAGGGGACUCUGGAGAGAUAGAACUGGAAUCCCCUGAAGACGUUCCAAACCCAUUUGAGCGGGGAAGUAAGGAUACAUUUCCCGUAAUUGCUCCUGCUGUUGGAGAAUUGAAAAAGAUUCGUAUCAGGUUAGCCGGAAGUAGCUGGAGUUGGUUCAAUGGCUGGAAACUUGAGAGAGUAAAAAUAGAAACACCAGACAACAAGAAAAUUCAUUUCAAAUACAAUGAAUGGAUUUAUUCCGGCGAUCAUGUAACUUUGUCGCCUUCUACCAGGAGAAAAAGAAAGUGAAAACAGAAGAAAGCUUAAGCCUGUCGUAUUUUCGGAGCAGUGCGAAGUGAGCGACUCUCUACUGUUCACUUUGUCCGAUCCCGGACAAUUGUCGGCCGAGUGAUGACCGAUUAUGAAUCGACUAUUUAUUUUCUUUCGGCCAACUACAGACGUUCACGUUGGUCACUUCCUUUAACACAAGCCUUUAAACAAGUGGGCCACUGCAACCUCGUUCCCAAUAUCCUCUCUUUUUCCCCCUAAAGUGAGAAGGGGAGAGGACCUGAGAACGAGGUUUGCGAAAGUGAAGAUAGAGGUUUAGAUUUAUUAACGGGAGGCAAAUGUUAACCGUUGUAUUAGAUAAGGAGAAAAUCUCUUUGGAGGAGAAACAUCUCCAGUCUAGGUCUAAGACAACUCACUGCGUAGUGUAAAAACUAUUAAUGGUGAUCACAUGUAAAACAGAUUAUAUAUACAACAAUUUUUCUUUUGUAAAUUCAGCUUUGAAACAUUUUAUUCUAUUAUUUUUCGUGUAAGCUAUAGCUAAGCUAUUACUACUGUCUUAGUAUUAAGAACAGUGCCAUUAUAGUUACGAGCAAUUACGACUUAAUUUUUAAUUUUUUUUUAUUUGUACGUAGAGUUCAUGAGAUGAGACGUCUUUUAUCUAUUUUGCAGAAUGCAUUUAGAUUUACUUCCCAGUGUGUACAAAGCUGAAAUUUGUGUACUACCCCAACCAAUUAUUGCUCGUUCGCUUUUUUCCCAUCUCCACUGAUCAUGACCAAGACUGUGAUGCAUGCGAAAAGUAAAAAUAUUAGGUUACUGGAAGAACAAAAGAAUCAACAGUCCAUGUGGUUUUGAUCUUCUCUAACCUCUCAAAACAAAAUUCAGGCACAGGAAAUGUCAAUUGUUUAUUAACAGAGUUUAUUUUUUUAAGACUGGCGAGGUGUUCUAUGAGGAGUUCUACCUCCCCUCUCCUCCCUUCCCCACAGAUUCCGGCCCUCUUUGUUUUUUUUGUUUGUUUUUUUUGUUUUUUUUUUGUUUUUCUCCUGCUUGCCUCGCUUUUUGCGCUUCAUCACAAGCUGAUUACUCGCAACAGAAAAUCCUACCGUGGGCCCGUUAGUCCUAUGGGUCACCGUGGGAUGCCCGCCGCAAACAGAUGUUUUUUACUUCUGUUAACAAGGAGAGAAACCUAAUAUUUUAAAUAUUUUGUAAUUUUGGAGUUUUACAGAGAGGACUUAACUGUAAAUGAUUCGAUUCCAAUACAAAUGAAUUUUCAGUUGUCUGAAAUAGAAAAUCUUUGUGGUGUUAUGUUUUGCAGAUUAUU